UAACAGCAGUAACAGCAGUAACAGGAUAAGCAGCAAUAGCUAAUCGUGUGUGUGCGACUGUAUAAGUGACACAAAUUGAACGAAAAGGCAUAGGAAAAGCGUUGCCUGCUUUUGAGCGCCAAGUAAAAAGAGUCGUUCUAAAGGCACGGCCAUAAAUCUGCCGGCAAAGUGCAUGCGAAUCGUGUCGAAAAACUAAUUUUAAGGCAUUUUUUCAAAAGCGUGAAGAAAGUUUAUACUUUCAGAACAAAAAAAAAGUUUACCACAAGCAAAAGGUGCAAAAGAAAAGUGAAAGAAGCAAGAGAAAAAUCAAAUUUUAAGCGCAGCUACUGAACACUUGGGGCAUACAUCAACUGUUGGAAUAUCGGCGCCAAACAGUAGCAGCAGCCACAGCAACGAAAUAACUACGCAGUGAGAGGCAAUGUACUCGACAUGAUGUCAACGAUAUGAAAACAAAGCACAAAAAUUGCAUUUCCGUUGCCUCUGCAAGUAGUGAAAAAAUGAAGUCCGUCAUCCUUUAUCCAUAUGGACCGCUAACUGGUGGCGCUCGCUGUUGUCGCAUGUUGCACGCCAAAAAUUUGGCCAUAACAAGUGCAAUUUACACAAUUAAUAUAUCACUCUUAAUUGUCCUGAUCUACUCCUGGCGCAUCAGUGUCAACAUGCACAAGUCUGCCGACUUACAGGAUGUCUACUACGGUGUACAAAUUGCAUAUUUUGCCAUAAUUGGCACACAAAUGGCGAUGAUAUUGCUGAGCAUUGUUUUGAUAUGUGGCAUCUGUCGGGAAAACCCCGGUCUAAUUGUACCCUGGAUAAUUGGGUAUAUUACGUUUAUGGCCUUGGAAGCUGUCGCCAUGGUUUAUUCGAAUGUGCUGCGUGAUCAUGUGAAUAAGCAAUUUGAUGCCAUGUGCAAGGCGGAAGUCGCAUUUUUCAUAGCGCGUGCUUUAAUUAACGUGCUGGCCAUGUGGGGAGUGCUUCGCUUCUACAAUCUUGUGCGUUCAGGCAUUACCUGGCGUGGACCGGAGGCCAAAACCGCCAUAUUUGCACCCAUGUACAAGAGCGUGAGCACACACAGCAAAUCCUCGUCAGUCCAACUGGAGGGCAAACGCUCCAGGCAAAGACAGCGACGCUACAGCGUCGAGGUGGAGAGCGGCUGUUGUGCCAUCUUUGACUUUGACUUUGACUACGACGACGAUGACGAGGAUGAGGACGAGGCGACAGAUGAUGGAGUGGGCUAUGAUUAUGAUGACUACUACGACUACUAUGAGGAUGAGGAUGAGCAACAGCUGGAGCUGGAACAGCAGGACGACGCUGAUUGCAGCAUGCUGGGCAAGGGAGCGCCCAAAACGAGGCGCACACGAACGGCAACUAUGAAGAUAAGGGGUCGUCGCAGUAACAAUAACAUACGCAGCGUGCUGAUCAAUAAGCGGCACAAUAAAUACAAAAUCAGUCGACCGCAAACCCAGCUGGAGGUCAUCAAUGAGUCCGAGCGCAGUGCGGGCAGCGGCAGCGAUGAGAACGACUCACUGUUGGUGGCCUAUGACAGCAGCUCGUCGCUGGCGUCGGUUUGACAUUGG